GCGUCACCAACAGCCGCCGUGGUGACCGCCACCGUGGUGACCACGGCGGCCGCCAUGGACUUGCGCGACUGGAUCUUCCUCUGCUACGGGCUGGUGGCCUUUUUGAGCGAGGUGAUCGACAGCACGACCUGCCCGUCCGUCUGCCGGUGCGACAACGGUUUCAUCUACUGCAACGACCGGGGUCUCACCUCCAUCCCGGCUGACAUCCCGGACGAUGCCACCACCCUCUAUCUGCAGAAUAACCAGAUCAAUAACGCGGGCAUCCCUUCUAGUUUGAAGAAGAAACUCAACGUUCAGGUCAUCUACCUCUACGAAAAUGAUCUGGACGAGUUCCCCAUCAACCUGCCCCGCUCGUUGAAGGAGCUGCACCUGCAGGACAACAACGUGCGGACUAUCGCCCGGGACUCCCUGGCCAGGAUCCCUCUGCUGGAGAAGCUGCACUUGGACGACAAUUCGGUCUCCACCGUCAGCAUCGAAGACGACGCCUUCGCCGACAGCACCCGCCUCAAGCUGCUCUUCCUCUCCCGCAACCACCUCAGCAGCAUCCCUUCCGGGCUGCCGCGCACUCUGGAGGAACUCCGCUUGGACGACAACCGCAUCUCCACCAUUCCCCUCCACGCCUUCAAGGGCCUCAACAGCUUGCGGCGCUUGGUGCUGGACGGCAACCUGCUCGCCAACCAGCGCAUCGCGGACGACACGUUCAGCCGCCUGCAGAACCUGAGCGAGCUCUCGCUGGUGCGCAACUCCCUGGCGGCCCCGCCGCUCAACCUGCCCAGCGCCCACUUGCAGAAGCUGUACCUGCAGGACAACGCCAUCAGCCACAUCCCGUACAACACCCUUUCCAAGAUGAGGGAGCUGGAGAAGCUGGACCUGUCCAACAACAACCUGACCACUCUGCCCAAGGGUCUCUUUGACGAUCUGGACAGCCUCUCCCAGCUCCUGCUGAGGAACAACCCAUGGUCCUGCAGCUGUAACCUCAUGUGGCUGAGGGACUGGGUCAAGGCCCGAGCAGCGGUGGUCAACGUCAGAGGACUGAUGUGCCAAGGGCCUGACCGGGUCAGAGGGAUGGCCAUCAAAGACAUCACCAACGAGAUGGACGAGUGCUUUGAAGCCGGCCAGCAGAGCAAUGCGGCGGCGGCGGCAGCCAAAACGACAGCCAGCAACGCUGCCGUCACCACCCCGCAGGGCUCCCUCUUCACCCUCAAAGCCAAACGGCCGGGCAUCCAGUUGCCCGAUUCCAACAUCGACUAUCCGAUGGCCACCGGGUCGGGAGCCAAGACGCUGGUGCUGAACGUCAAGCCACUGACCGCCGACAGCAUCCGCAUCAGUUGGAAGGCAUCCCUCCCAGCGGCCUCCUUCCGCCUCAGCUGGUUGCGCCUGGGCCACAGCCCGGCCGUCGGCUCCAUCACCGAGACGCUGGUGCAAGGCGACAAGACCGAGUACCUCCUGACCGCCCUGGAGCCCAAGUCCACCUACAUCAUCUGCAUGGUCACCAUGGAGAUGGGCAACACCUACAUCCCCGACGAGAGCCCCGUGUGCGCCAAAGCCGAGACGGCCGACGUGUACAGUCCCACCACCACCCUCAACCACGAGCAAAACCUGGACCCCAUGGCUGGGCUGCCCUUGGCGGGGAUCAUCGGCGGGGCGGUGGCCUUGGUUUUUCUCUUCCUGGUCAUGGCCGCCAUUUGCUGGUACGUCCACCGGACCGGGGAGCUGCUGACCCGCGAGCGAGGCAGCCGGAAGAAGGACGACUACAUGGAGUCGGGCACCAAGAAAGACAACUCCAUCUUGGAGAUCCGAGGGCCCGGCUUGCAAAUGAUCCCCAUCAACCCUCACCGGGCGAAGGAAGAGUACGUCAUCCACACCAUAUUCCCUUCCAACGGAACCAGCCUUUACAAAAGUACCCACACAAUUGGCUACGGCACAACUCGGGGAUACAGAGAAGGGGGCAUCCCAGAUGUAGACUACGCCUAUACAUGA